GCCCGCCCCGGGUCCGGGGGCUGCUGCCGCGGCGCUUUCCGCCUCGUUCCGGAGGCUUCCCCCCUCGGCGGGCGUGGAGCUCCGAAGCCAUCGGCCGCGUCUGGCGCUUCGGAGCUCUGGUGGGCGAGCGCCCGCGGGCUUCCCCCAGCCGGGGAGGACGCAGCGCGGAGGCGGAGGCGGAGGCCCAGGCGGUUUCAGGCCCCAGGCCCGGCGGCCCGGGGCAAGCGAGACGCGCCCAUCACUGGCCACCCGGGGCGCGUGCGGUCCUCUUGGGACCUCGCCGGCGACCCGUAGCUCGGGCGCGCGCCUGUCGCAGCCCGCAGGAAGGAGGGGUCCGGCCCGAGGCCCAGGGCGGCGGCCGCCAUGGAGAUCCCCUCGGCCCGGGGCCGGCGCCUAGGGCCUUGGGGGCGGCCCUGAUCGCCCGCCUCCCUGCCCGGGCCGGGUCGCGGACGUGCCCCCUGCGGCAUUCGGCCACCUCCGCGUCUCCGCCCUCCCCGGGCCGCGCUGCUGCCUGGGCGCGGCGGCGGCGACGGCGCCCUGUUGAAUGGGCUGUGAGGGCCCAGGUUUGACGCGCUGGCGAACGCGGCCUCCGGGGGCGCCAGGCAGCAGCAGCGGUGGCGACCAAACGGGUGUUGGAGUUGGCGGCGGCCAUGGAGGGCCUGGCUGGCUAUGUGUACAAGGCGGCCAGCGAGGGCAAGGUGCUGACCCUGGCCGCCUUGCUUCUCAACCGGUCUGAAAGCGACAUCCGCUAUCUGCUGGGCUAUGUCAGCCAGCAAGGAGGGCAGCGCUCCACGCCCCUCAUCAUCGCGGCCCGCAAUGGGCACGCCAAGGUGGUGCGCCUGCUGUUAGAACAUUACCGGGUGCAGACUCAGCAGACGGGCACUGUCCGCUUCGACGGGUAUGUCAUUGACGGAGCCACCGCUCUUUGGUGUGCAGCAGGAGCUGGACAUUUUGAAGUCGUUAAACUUCUAGUCAGCCAUGGAGCUAACGUGAACCACACCACAGUGACCAACUCGACCCCCCUGCGGGCGGCGUGCUUUGAUGGCAGACUGGACAUCGUCAAGUACCUGGUUGAAAAUAAUGCCAACAUCAGCAUUGCCAACAAAUACGACAACACCUGCCUGAUGAUCGCAGCAUAUAAGGGACACACCGACGUGGUCCGAUACCUUUUAGAACAACGUGCCGAUCCCAACGCUAAAGCACAUUGUGGAGCCACAGCGCUGCACUUCGCAGCCGAAGCCGGCCACAUAGACAUCGUGAAAGAGCUGAUAAAAUGGCGCGCGGCAAUAGUAGUCAACGGCCAUGGGAUGACGCCAUUAAAAGUAGCUGCCGAAAGCUGUAAAGCCGACGUCGUCGAACUGCUGCUCUCCCAUGCUGACUGCGACCGAAGAAGUCGGAUUGAAGCUCUGGAACUCUUGGGUGCCUCCUUUGCGAAUGACCGCGAGAACUACGACAUCAUGAAGACGUACCACUAUUUAUAUUUAGCCAUGUUGGAGAGGUUUCAGGAUGGUGAUAACAUUCUGGAGAAAGAGGUUCUCCCACCAAUCCAUGCUUACGGGAACAGAACCGAAUGUAGGAACCCUCAGGAACUGGAAUCCAUUCGGCAAGACAGAGAUGCUCUUCACAUGGAGGGCCUUAUAGUCCGGGAACGGAUUUUAGGUGCGGACAACAUUGAUGUGUCGCAUCCCAUCAUUUACAGGGGAGCCGUUUAUGCGGAUAACAUGGAAUUCGAACAGUGUAUCAAGUUGUGGCUGCACGCCCUGCACCUGAGACAGAAAGGUAACAGGAAUACCCACAAGGAUCUUCUUCGAUUCGCGCAAGUCUUCUCACAGAUGAUACAUUUGAAUGAAACGGUGAAGGCCCCAGACAUAGAAUGUGUUUUGAGAUGCAGUGUUUUGGAAAUAGAACAGAGUAUGAACAGAGUAAAAAAUAUCCCAGAUGCUGAUGUCCACAACGCUAUGGACAACUAUGAAUGUAAUCUCUAUACCUUUCUGUAUUUAGUGUGCAUCUCCACCAAAACACAGUGUAGUGAAGAAGACCAGUGCAAGAUCAACAAGCAGAUCUACAACCUGAUUCACCUUGAUCCCAGAACUCGGGAAGGCUUCACCCUGCUGCAUCUGGCGGUCAACUCGAACACCCCGGUUGAUGACUUCCACACCAACGAUGUCUGCAGCUUUCCCAACGCGCUUGUCACAAAGCUCCUGCUAGACUGCGGCGCUGAGGUGAAUGCAGUAGACAACGAGGGGAACAGUGCCCUUCACAUUAUCGUCCAGUACAACAGGCCCAUCAGUGAUUUUUUAACCUUGCACUCUAUCAUCAUUAGCCUGGUUGAAGCUGGCGCUCACACUGACAUGACCAAUAAACAGAAUAAGACUCCGCUAGACAAAAGUACCACUGGGGUAUCUGAAAUACUACUUAAAACUCAAAUGAAGAUGAGUCUCAAGUGCCUGGCUGCCCGAGCGGUUCGGGCUAAUGACAUUAACUACCAAGACCAGAUCCCCAGAACUCUUGAAGAGUUUGUUGGAUUUCAUUAAGCGACUGGAUAUGUAAAAUCGUUUAAUGUGGUGCUAAAAAGUAAAGGACUUUAAUCA